AUGAGAUUACUACGAAGAUACUGCAGAGUAUGCGAGUAUGCACUGAGACAGUACAGCAGGAGUAUUGACCGACACACAGCGGAGGUUGAUGUGCCCACAUACUAUCUGAGUGCAUACUUUGCAGGACGAGGUGAACGGGCGUAUGAUAUUUACUCAAGACUAUUAAAAGAAAGAAUAAUAUGCCUUAUGGGACCUAUUACAGAUGACUUGUCAAGUUUGGUUGUUGCUCAGCUACUAUUUCUUCAAUCAGAAAGCAAUAAAAAACCAAUACAUAUGUAUAUAAACAGUCCAGGUGGUUCAGUGACGGCCGGUCUCGGUAUUUACGACACAAUGCAGUACGUGUUACCACCGAUAUCUACAUGGUGCGUGGGUCAGGCCUGCAGCAUGGCAUCAUUAUUACUAUGUGCGGGGUUCCCAGGAAUGAGAUACAGCUUACCUAACUCUAGAAUCAUGGUACAUCAACCAUCAGGCCAAGCACAUGGUCAAGCCACAGAUAUUCAAAUUCAGGCAGAAGAAAUAUUGAAGAUGAAAAACCAGAUCAAUAAUCUGUAUGUGAAGCAUACUAAGCAACCACUAGAUUUCAUUGCUGCAGCAAUGGAGCGGGAUAAAUUCAUGAAUCCAAUUGAGGCUGAAGAAUUUGGACUUGUAGAUAAAGUAUUGGAUCAUCCUCCAAUGCCAGGAGAGAGUAAAGACUAAAUACAAAUGCAUGUCAGCCUUGUUUACCUAGAUCAACUGUGCACUGUUGAUCAAUAGAUCACACUAUCACUAUGGCGACUGUGCACUCUACAUCAAUAAAUAUAUCACACUCUAGUAUCGCUAUGGCAACUGUACAUUAAUAUUGAUCACAUUAUCACUAUGGCAACAAGAUACUUUGCAUAACCGUCACACAAAUUUUAACCAUCUUUUCACCAACUUUU